AUGCCUCGCACCACCAAGUCUUCCCUAGUUGACCAUAGGUUUCCCGCAUUCUAUGCAUGCUAUCUUCUCAAGAGUGUACGAACACCCCGCUCUACAGCUCAGCACAACGGUAUAAUCUCUCAAGGGGCAUGGAAGACAAAACAAAAUCGUCCAUGGGUCAUGCAGAUGAUUGUCCACGGCUUCCCAUCCAAGCUCGCUGCGCUACAGUUUGAAUGGGCCUGGCAACAUCCUGAUAUAUCUCGUCACCUUCGCGAUAACGACGGUCAGGCUGUGUUUGGUCACAGUCGCAAGCUCAAAUUUUUACGUAACAACGUGAAGUGA